CUGGCAUUGGAAGCCCUAGCUCGACGUCUCAGCCGUCACUGUAGCCGUUGUUCUCGCUACUUUCGCCGCCGAUUUAGUAUGUGCAACAAUGUGGAAGAAUGUCCUGCGUCAAAACACGUUGCUUAUUGUCAGGCACUACUCAAGACUUUCUCCUCCACCACCUGCUUCUGCUGAACCAAUCAUCCAAGUUUCCAACCACAUAACUCAAUUGGGCUGUCCAAAACAGGGACCAAAGCCUCGGCAGCUCCUAUCCUUGCCUCCAUUCCCUGCGCACCCCUUACCUGGAAAGAACUCAGAUAGUAUUCCUGGGAAGCCCACUCAUGUCACUGCCAUUAGUUGGAUCAAGUAUUACUUUGAUGAAAUCCCUGGAAACACGAUCCAGUCCCAUUUCAACCAGGGCCUUGUGAGUGUCCAGAUGGAAUGUCUAAAUUCAAAUGAGUCGUUGAUGGAGAAAGGAGGACAAAGAAAACCCACGAGAAAGAUUAAGCAUAAUGAGGUAAUGGAGGUGGGGAUGAGGCUUCACGUACCGGUAUCAGUUGCUGAGGCUAGGAUUUCCAAGAGAUUUGACACCAUACCAAGUGGAACACUAUACCCAAACGCUGAUGAGAUAGAUUAUUUGCAAAGGCUUGUCAAGUACAAGGAUUCUGCUAUAAUCGUACUAAAUAAACCCCCCAAAUUGCCAGGGAAGGGGAACCUUCCUGUUCAUAACAGCAUGGAUGCCUUGGCAGCUGCAGCAUUGUCUUAUGAUUAUGAUGAGGGUCCUAAGUUGGUUCAUCGUCUUGACAGAGAGAGUAGCGGCCUCCUUGUUAUGGGGAGAACAAAAGAAAUGGUAGCUCAUCUUCAGUGGCUGUUCAGUGACAUAAAUAAAGUAAAAUCCUCAUCUAAGGCUUGGAAUGAUGAAUGUGAAGCAACAUAUCAGAGGUAUUGGGCAUUGGUCAUAGGUUCUCCCAAGGAAAAGGAAGGCUUUAUAUGUGCCCCUCUUUCGAAGGUAAUUCUCGAUGAUGGGAAAACUGAGAGGGUUAUUUUGGCUCAUCCCUCAGGUUUAGAACCUUCCCAAGAGGCUGUAACUGAAUAUCGGGUGCUUGGUCCCAUGAUAAAUGGAUGCUCAUGGAUUGAAUUGCGUCCACAUACAAGCCGGAAACAUCAGCUCCGUGUGCAUUGUGCUGAAGCUCUUGGCACACCAAUUGUGGGUGACUACAAGUAUGGUUGGUUUGUGCACCGUAGAUGGAAGCAAAUGCCUAGGGUUGAUUUUGAGCCGACAACUGGGGAACCCUACAAGUUGCGGAGACCAGCAGGCUUGGAUGUUCAAAAGGGAAGCGUCUUAUCUAAGGUGCCCUUGUUGCAUCUACAUUGUAGGGAGCUUGUCCUCCCCAAUAUUGCAAAAUUUCUUGAGUUUCACAACCGAAAUCCAGAAAAUGGCCAUGGGAACCCGAACCAAAACUCAAAGCCGGAUCUCCUUCGGUUUGUGGCACCAAUGCCCUCCCGCAUGAAAAUUAGUUGGAAUCUCAUGUCCUCUUACUUGGUGUAACCACACUUGAUUUGUUUAUUAACAUCAACUUCACAACUGUAGUACUGUGACCUGAUUUGAAUGGUGUACAGUAAUUUUGAUUGUGAAUUUGAUUCUUGAUUUGGUAAAGAA